AUGGCGCCAUUAGGAGAUAUAAUUAAGUUAGUGUUUAACGAUCAGAUAGACAGUAUCGAUGCAUAUCCUGUAACUAGUGCAGGAUGGGAUCAAGAUGUAUGGGCUGUUAGUCUAUCGUCACUUUUGCAAGGAAAAGCAUUAGAGGCUUAUCAGCAUUUAUCUCCCACCGUAGUAAAAAACUAUGAUUCUGUUAAAGGAGCCUUGCUCAAAUGUUUUCAGUGUACGGCUGAAGGUUAUCGCUCUAGAUUUAGAAAUGCUAAAUUUUUCAAAGGUGAAUCCGGUAUGCAGUUUGGUAAUCGCUUGAAGAACUACUUGAAACGAUGGAUUGAUCUGUCAGGGGGAGAGAAGUCGUAUGAUGAAUUGAUGGAUUUAGUGCUCAUGGAACAAUACAUGAAUGCGUGUGAUAAGAGUAUGAUUCUAUUCUUAAAAGAACAUGAAGUUAAGAAUUUUGAAGAUCUAAUUAAAUAUGCAGAAUUGUAUGUUGAAGCGCACGGUAAUCCGAGCAAGAAAUUUGUUGAACGAGAGGUUAGGGUUGUGAAGGAAAUGUCGCACAUCGAGUCUAAAGUUCAGGAUGCGUCAAGUGCAGGAGUGUCUGGUGUUCAUAAGGGUCAGUUUCGUAAAUGCUUUGUGUGUGGUGGUUCGAAUCAUUUGUCGCGUGAUUGUUUCUAUAAGUAUGGUGCGAAACCUAAGGAUAGAUCUGCGAAAGGCAAGGGUGAGAGUAUGGCUGCUUUUGCUGCUAAGCAUGGAAGGUUGAAUGUUGCAAGAGGUGAGGUCGAAGGUGUAGCUGUGAAUGUGUUGCGAGAUCAAGGGUGUGAUACUGUUUUGGUUAAAACUAGUCUAGUGCCGAGGUGCAGAUUUACAGGUAGACAUGUAAGUGUUAAAAUGGCAAAUGGCAUGAUUUUCACCUAUCCUGAAGCUAAUGUUCGAGUGAAGUGUCCAUUCUAUGUCGGAGAUACUUUGGCUGCUUGUUUGGAAAAUCCCGUGUAUGAUUUGGUGAUAGGUCAGGUGGAAGGUGUUAGAGACGGAGAAACUGUCAAAUUAGGAGCCGUAACGACUCGACAGCAAGAGAAGCAAAGUAAAAUCAAAUUAGCUCCAAAGCUAAAGGUAAAGGAAGUGCUUGCUGAAAUGAAAGAUAAUAAUUUAGCUGAACAACAAAAGUAUGAUGUAACAUUAAAUAAUAUACGAAAAUACGCGGAUAGUAAAAGGAGAUUUCAGAAGUCUGAUAAUGAAUAUCAUGAAUUUAUAGUAAAGAAAGGAAUUUUGUACAGGAGGGUAGUUCACGCAGAUAAUGUCACUGAACAAUUAGUUGUCCCGAGCGAGUCGAGGAAUGCAGUUAUGGAGAUAGCCCAUAGUUCAUUGAUGUCAGGUCACUUGGGAAUAAAGAAAACACUCAUGAGAAUUCAAAAUAAAUUCUUUUGGCCCGGUAUGUCGUCUGAGGUGGCCAGGUUUUGUCGGUCAUGCGAUCCAUGCCAGCGCACCGUUGACAAGGGAAGAGUGUCACGCGCGAAACUAGGCAGAAUGCCGAUGAUCACCGAACCAUUUCAGAGAGUGGCUGUAGAUAUCGUCGGACCCAUCGAACCGCGCGCAGAUGACGGGUCGCGCUACAUCCUCUCUAUUUGUGAGAGUGUGUGUGCUUGUGUGCGUGAGCGAAUUAUUUGGUUGCCCAACACGACCCCCAUUCAUUGCUUCGAACCUGGAGCCAUGCUCAGCGGCCGCCAUUAUAUGUGGAGCUCCCUACUCCACACUGAGACACACUCCUCCAAUUCAUUUAAUGCGGAAGAAGUGAGUAACCUGCCAAACCCUGAGCCGUAUUACCGAGUCUCAUAA